UUGCUGCCUAUUAGCACGUUUGCAGCGCUAGUGGUCAAUACGCAUUAGCAUUGACUCGCUAUGCUUUGCUGGAGUGGAUACAAAUACAGUACUAGAUCAAGCACCCUUUGACUGCCAGGAAGAAAGAGAGCACCAAGUAAAUUUCCUGUAUUGUAUGCUGACGACUCAGUAGUAGAAAUGACGCAGAGAUCUGCAGAUUUAAGGGCAAGGGAGAACCAAUCCAAGUUUGUACAGCAGCGAAUCAAUGCUGUUGAGAAGCACUUUGCAGAGCUGUGCCAGGAUUUUUCUGCCUAUUCCCGUAAGCUUGCCCGUGUGAGGGACAGGGGUGACCUCUUGUCCAAAUCUCUCUUGACCUAUGCCGAGGCCGAAGCGCCUUCUACCAAGGCAGGGCUCACCAACUUUGCUGAACACAUCUCAUCAAUACAAGAUUAUAGACAAGCUCAGGUAUCAAGAUUGGAAUUUAAAGUGGUGCAACCAUUGACCCUUUAUGGAACAGCAUGUAAACAUGCAAAGGAUGAUCUGAAGAGCAGCUUUGCUGCCAGGGAAAAAGAGAUCAACCAGCAGAAGAAACUGGACAAAGUAAGACAGAAGGCACCAUCAGACAGACAACAAAUACGCAAGGUUAAAGGCGAGUCCCAGGCGGAGUCCAAGCUUCAGAAAGCCACCGUAGAUGCCACCAGAAGCAAUAAGGCUCUGGAAGACCAAAUGGAUGCUUUUGAGAGAAAGAGACUUCAGGACAUAAAAAGCAUCUUGUCCGAGUUUGUAAAGAUAGAGAUGCUGUUUCAUGCCAAGUGUUUAGAGUCAUACACAGAUGCCUUCCAGGCUCUCCAGUCAAUAAGCGAUGAAGAUGAUCUGGAGGAAUUCAGGAAUUCACUCAGGCCAUUCAGUGCUGCAGACAGCAACUCGCGGCAGAGUCUAUUCAGAGGCGACUCCAAGCAAUCCCUCAACUCAACCACUGGUAGCUCACGCCCUUCGACCGUAGACCGGAGGAGACCUGCCAAACAACAGCUCCAGUACUCUGAGGAAGAUGAUGAGGAGGAGGAUGAUGAGGAGGAUGACGACGAUGAUGAGGAUUAUAGUGAAGAAGAUGUGGCAGAAGAGUACUACAAAAGAUGAGAUUUGAAUGUAUUUGACGCAUUUUGAAUCAGGUUAAUAUUUUUGGUAUAAAUGUAUUCUGUAUUAAUGAACUUUGUAUUGUCAAUGUCAUGGUAAAAUGGGACACAAAAUACAAAAUAUAGAAAUAUUAAGUGGAAUAUUGGCCAUGUGUACUGUUAUGUGUUGAUUUUUUACUGUGAUGUCUCUGCAUGGACUAUAUAUGAGAAAGAUAUGACACCUUGAUUUUUGUUUGCCUUAGUACAUGUUAUUGUAAUGAAACGUAAUGAAAUUAGACUGUACUAGAAAUGCAAGAUUGAUAGAACUUUAUUUGAUCAAUAUCCAAGUCAAUCAUAUUUGGAUUGUGAUUUGUUGUGUCUGCAGGUAGUUUGAUAUGGUAGUUUAAGAUCCACAAGAAUUUUGUCCCCAGCCUUUCGAGGUCGGUAAAAGAAAAGAAAAAAAUAUUUACAGACAGUAAUUCGUGCUUUUAUAGGGAAUGAAAGCAGACAUAUUCAACCAGUAAUAACACCCACCGGUCACGUUCACUGGUGUCAAUGACUCACUGAAAGAAUCAGGAUAUUAGGCGUGGUUUAAUGAAACACUUGUUGUAUCGUAGCACUUUGGGUUUUACACAAAAUCAAUUAGGUGAAACUCCAAAUAUAUGCUUCAUCCAGGCUCAUACGCAGGGGGGGGGGG